ACGAACGACACGGUGCUCGUUCGCGUCGCGACCAUCGUCUCGACCGAUUCACCGUUUCCGCACAGCGCCCGACAGAAAAAUCACUCGGAAACAAUCCACGCCGACGAUACCGCUGACCAAAACACAAAGUUCGAACAAACGAUAACAUUCGAUUAUAAACAAGUGCCGAUAAUUAAAUGUACACUAUAACUUGAAAAUUCGAAUUCGUAAUUUCAAUCGAACACGAAACUUUUGUAGAUGCCGGAAAUUAAUGGAACACGAAACUAACCGACCGGUAUUAAAUUCACAGUGAUCGUUAAACGAUAAUAAAUAAGUUACCAAAUAAUAAAAUCGCAAAAUAGAGAUCAAAGUUGUUGUUGACAAUUCGUACGUUACAUGUUGUCGAAUUGUUGACGAGCGUCGGGAACAAGCAGCGCAACGGAAGAGGCACGUCGUCGUUAAAGAGGAGAACGAUAAAACUGCAACGAGCCUCCGAUGAAUUAACGAGCUUGCGCGACGUGUAGAACGCACGUGGUCAAUGGAAUUCGUUCGAUGGGAAGGCUCUUUGACGGCGCCGUUAACUGGCGAUCUCGAAGUGGCGGACUAUGUAACGAGUGACUGUACAUACUUCGACAUACACGUACACGUUGACGUCGUUGGAUCGCGCGCGGAUCGAUCCCCGAAUCAUCGAAGCACGUAGUUGAAAAGGGGGUAUCGGCCGGGGAGAAAGUCCGAUGAUCAGAGGAUGGAUCGGCGGCACAGAGGAUGGUGGGGUUGCCGUUGCGACGCUCGCUCGCUCGCCCGCGUUGUGGUGGCGAACAACGCUGGAUGGUGGGGUUGAAAGGUGGCGCAGUCAUUUAUGGUUGCCGGUUCAUCCGACGGGUUCAGUUCUCUGUCCGACCAACAACGACAAAAACCUCGGGAACCGAACGAGGCGGCUUGGCUACACGCCGGCACGGCACACGCCAUCGAUCGUCACGACUUGGAUUCAGAAAUGGCGGAAGAGAUUAUUCGAGGAUCCUCCACGGGGAGAGUGGCUCGAUCGAUGAGUAACGCGGCCGGGUCCGAUGUUCGCGCGAUCUUCGACACCAGACCACUCUUAGUUUGAGCAAUAAACGAAACAAGUAACUCUUUGAAAUUUCUCGUGAUCCCGGUGAUCUUCGAAACGACACUUGUUCUGUGCGGAAUGUUUUCACGGUCGAUAAUAUUAGUGGCGUCGAGCUUAACAUAUUCGAGAGACUGAAUCGUUAAAAAGGAUGUAAUUGUUGCUAGUCGAGGAAGAAAGUCUUUUUUUUGCGUUCCAAGAUGACUUCGCUGAGGAGAUCGGCGAACCAGUCGACCAGGGAGGGCACUUCCGGCAGACGCCACGCGCUAGCCGGAAUCAGCUCGAAGAGCAUGAGGAGCGUUCUCCACGCACCCACCGCGCCAGGCUCACCGCUUCGGCACAGGUCCAAGUACGAACUGAGGAGCAUCAGCUUGGAAGGAACCAAAGUCCUGCCGUGGACUGCACGGUCCACCACAGACGCGAUCUCCAGGCGGGGUGUCCUCUCCAGGCGGUACUAUGGCAGCGUGGAAAUGCUGCCGCAGAUCGAGCAAGACGGCUCCGACAAUGGCAGAAGAUUUCGGGUCGAGAACGGCGAUUCUCCCGGCGAAAAGGAAGAAAUGUUCGGCUCACCCAGUACGCCGAUAUUGGAAAAUCCCGAAUACCAAACGCGCUGGUAUUUCAAGUACUUCCUCGGAAAAUUGCAUCAGAAUUACAUUGCUGUCGAUCAAGAAAGGAAUCCUUUGUUUCUGUCGGUUGUAACGAGCGAAGUCAGCGAUCAAAGCGUCCCACAUUACAGAGUCAUUUUAUGGAGAAAAACCGGCGCUCAGAAAAUAUCGCUACCAUACUCUGCGAACAAAACGAUGACGAUUAGACAAAUACUCAGCAACUUCUUUGGACUGGACAAGCUCGAUAAAGUGCCGCGCGAAAUAUUCUCACCAGAGAUACAAAAGGACCUGCUCCUGUUGGAAGAGCAAGAGGGCUCGGUGAACUUCAAGUUCGGCGUGAUAUACGCGAAAAAAGGGCAAACUACCGACGAUGAGAUGCUGUCUAAUGAGGAGGGCAGCCCGGAGUUCGAGAACUUCCUGGAGAUUCUGGGCGAGAGAAUAUGGUUGAAGAACUGGGACAAAUACAGAGGUGGCCUGGACGUGAAAGGUGACAUGACUGGCAAAGAAAGUUACUACACGGUGUACGCGGGCCACGAAGUGAUGUAUCACGUGAGCACGAUGCUCCCUUACUCAAAGGACAACCCACAGCAGCUGGAGCGGAAGCGGCACAUCGGCAACGAUAUCGUUAAUAUUGUUUACACAGACGACCCCGACGCCAUAGACACGUUCAACCCAAACUGCAUCAGGAGCCAAUUUACGCACGUGUUUGCGGUCGUGUCCGCCGAGGAGAACGGCAAAGGCUGGCGCGUGGCUAUCUAUUGCGACGAGAGCGUCCCUUUGUUUGGACCCAGCCUGCCCUGUCCUCCUGUUUUCGAGGACCCUUUCACCCUGAGAGAAUUCUUGCUCGUGAAGCUGAUCAACGGCGAGAAGGCCACCUUCAACACACCCACGUUCUCGCGGAAGAGAGAGAGAACGCUGGACGCAUUGCUGAGAGACAUGUACCAAGAACACACGCAAGAGAGCAAGAGCAACAGCAUGUUAAACCGACGAGCUUUGUCGGAUGUGGUGGAGGCUCCAGGUCGACGUCGCGAGGAGACGCGCGCUGUCGAGAUGGUACGCGUCGGCCAGGCCUUGAAAUUGGAGGCCAUCGUGCGAGGACUGGCGCCCACUUCAUUGGCCACGGCUGGUCCCUUGAAGCCCAGACCAUGGGAGCCGAGGUGUAUUUACCCGGACUUCCCUCACGAGGUCAUAUGCGGAGACGUUUGGCUGGACAGUAAAGUGGUUCUCGCUACGGAGAAUGGUACCUUUUUGAUAGAAGACUGCCUGUCCCACAGAAUGAUCUUCGACGAAUCCGUGCAAAUUAAACAGCUGGACGUAGUGGAACAGCACGGUAUACUGUUAUUCCGCACCGGGGACAAAGGGAAAGAGAGCAACGUUUACGUGUUUCGUCUGAGAGAGUUCGACAGCGCCACUGCCAGCAGAUCGACAGAGGUGUUGAACGAACGCGAGGACGAACACGACUGCGAGGACAACGGUGACGAAGAUGACAUUGACGACGACGCCGAUGAAAGCGAAGAUAAUGACUUAGAAAACUUCGCGCGAGCCACCGCGAAAUUCAAACCCGUGAUCCGUACUCGUGGACGCGUUCGGGUGCGACCUUUGGCGGUCAGAGGACGAGCUCAUAUAAAAGAUAGAAGGCUACCAAGGACGAGAGGCUGCCAUUUGUACACCACCACCAUGCCCGGUGGUUCUCAUCUGCGCAUGUGUGUAGCGGUUGGCAAACGUCUCACGGUGCUUCAAUGGAAGCACAGUGCAGCGUGGACUGCGUGGUGCUCCACAGCGGACACAGACACCGUGGAUGGUUUCAUGGUGCUGAAAGAGUUCAACGCAAGCGAAACACCGUCCCUGGUGACGAUGAUCGAGAACACAGACUCGACCAACGAGUGGACGCUCUGCUGUGGUAUUCGACACCACUUCGAACUGAUCUCCGCGAAUGGAAGUACGAGGAUUCUUCACAUUGACGGUGCGUCGAAGCCGCAUCUAGUCGCGGCUUUGGAUCUCUGCGAGGACGAGGAGCCAGAAUUGUUACUCUGUUACAAUAACACAUGCCAUUUCCAGAAACUCGUGGAGGAGAACACUGCACAAUCCGAGUUCGAUUUCAGCUGGAAUUCCGUGCCAGCAGCUAUAGCUUGUGCCUUUCCCUACGUGAUCGCGUUCACCAAAGACACCAUGGAAAUUCGGCUGAUCAUCAACGGAAAUCUGGUGCACACAAUGGCGAUGCCCAACUUGAAUUUGAUCACAUCGAAGCAGGACAUCUUCUUCGCGACGACGGCCCCGGAGUUUCUGCCGGGGAAGUGCGAAAGAAUUCGGCUGGACGCGAAGCCUUCGGACAAAGAAGAACCGGUUUCUAGUCCGCCUCCUUUCGCACAGUCUUCGUCCUCCCGAUCUAACUCGCAAAACAGCCAAAACGAUUGGAAGCCGAUAAGGAUCUAUCAGAUACCAUUGCAAACGUUAUCCAGAAGCACCCUGUCGACCUGCAACCAAAGACGAUGUCCCAGCCCUAUAGAACCAGAGAUCACUUCUGCACCCCCAACCACCGAUAGAACGUUCCUGACCGUGGAGCCCCACAGGGCAUUAAGCCGAUCUUGCAGCAGCAGUCCGACCCCGACGCCGACGAACCUGAUGCCACCGCAUUCCCCGUUAAGAAAAUAGACCAAGUCGCGAACGUUUCAAACACAUUUGAAAGCGGUUCAACGUAUAUUGCGACAGAUUUGCAGGUACCUGAUGCUUGUGCCUCGGUAGGAUCGACGAAAGAGACGGGACGGCGGCGGCCAACCGCGCACGGUACAUCGGCCGCGCGCGGCGAUACUAUGCGUUUAUUGUAGUUAGAUUUACUGCCGUUGCGACGCGUUCUGCUAUAGGUGUAACACCGUACGCGCAAGAAGUGCCCUUGUCGCUAAUGUGGAAAGACUGUCGGGUUAAUACCCGUCGACGACGUUAAUAUAAAGAUUAACAAUGUUUGGGAAGCCGGAACAUUGGUACGGCGAGAUUAAUGAAAUUGAUGAGAUUUAUGAAAUUUUUGGAUGUAUUGUUGAGGCGACUCGAACGUUCAACGGCAAGCGACGAAAAAGAGGAAAUCAAUUCAGUUUUUCGAAAUUUCGUCCAGCCCCGCUGGUGUCGCGCAUGUUAUUUUUAAAAGGAUUCCGACUGUAGUGGUUUCGUCUAUUUACAUUACUCGCAUAACCGCCUUACGUGCAUAUACACAAUAUGUCCACAUGUACAUACAAGGAUAAUUAAUAAAAUGUACGCCAAUGAAUUUACCAUAUUCUUGCUGUUAAAAGCGUCGUUCGACUGCUCGCAGAGUUACCCUCGUUGAUUACAAAUUGUUCGGUUUCUACGUUUGUGUACUUACUGGAAAUAAAGGAUGAACACUCCAAACGGAAGUACUCGUUAAUCGUCGCAAAACGAGAAAGUCGAAAUGCGAAAAUGAUACCCCUGUUCGUUUGAACCUUGCGUAACGCACCGGAACCAUGUGCGAUGUCUGUACUCUUGCUUUUUAUGCGACUCGCAACUUUCAGCGAUUCCCUGACUUAAAAAUUCGACGAUACUUCGAGCAUAAUGGAAUGUUAAUGUCGACGAUUUUUUCGUCGAUUUCCCACGGCAUCCGUUUGAAAAAAAUACAAUCGCAAUGGUUUGAAUCACUCAGCAAGAACAAUCUAAUCGAUAUGAUCGUCACGGUGGAAAGGACUAACUCACGUUUCCUGAAACGCGUUCAAACAGGUUCGAAUCAAACGCAUUCCGCGACUUUUUUGCUACAUUGCCGAGAAUUAUAGAUGCCAAUCGCUGUCAAGCGGAGCUAAAGUAAAAUGCUUUAGCGACCCCGGUCAGUCUCGAGCAUUGAACCAUGAUGAUUUACGUGUACCCGACUUAUGCCAUUAUCAGCAAAACGUUGUAACACGAUUGUUUUACCGUAGUUUCCCUGUCUAUUCCACGGAAAAGCUCAUUACUAUCUGCUUGUCCGUGCGAAAACGAAUUACCAUAGAAUUCGGUAUCAGUACACUUAAUUAUCUAUAAUUUAAAAUAUCAUCCUCCCACGUCUUUGAAUAAUCUUUUCCUACUACGAAUACAUUUUAAAAGCGAAUAAUGUUUCAGCGCGUAAAAUAACAUGUUUACAUAACAUUUGAUCCAGGAACAAUGAAAUAUUCACUUAUUUUAUAGUGAUGUAACGCUUAAUUUCAAAUCAAUUUCGUUCAAUUUUUUAGUAUCGGAUAAACUGUUGCUCAGUAGCUUAAAUCAAUCUUAAUCUUUUUACAAAAAUUAAAUUUUUGUUAAAUGCGUCACAUGCUGAGAAGAAAGUACAGCGUCACGAAAAAGUAUCGGGCUAUUUACCAUAUCUAUGAUUUAUCAGAGAAAGUAAUAGUUAAAGUUAUGUAAAUUAGCGUUGCGUAUCUUUAAUUUGCCAUUUUUCCUAUCAAUGACAAUUUCAAAUAGUAGAAAUAUUGCCUACUCAUUUAUAUUUUUUCUGUUAGGAAUUUCAAAUUCAUGAACAGUGAUAUUCUUGGCAACAAUUUUAACACAUUCAGCAGGAACUUUACCGAUAUUCUAAAUAUUUUCUGGAAAAAAAUAUCUUUUGUGUCUGUUCAGAAAAGAUUUAUAACGUGUACGAUUCAUAAAGCGUACUAAUAUAAAAU